GAGAGAGAGAGAGAGAGAGAUUGCGGUGGAACGAGUUAAACAGUAUUUAGAUCAUGUGCCGACUGAAAAUACAAUGGGCACUAAUCAACCUUACGCGUGGCCUAGUCAAAGUGUUGUGGAAUUAAAAAGUUGUUUUGAUGUACAGGAACCAUUUAGUGCCAUCGUUGAAAGAGAUAACAUUCGUUACUCGACCAGCGGAAAAAAUAGACGUCGUUGGUCGCACCGGUGCUGGAAAAAGUUCGUUACUAGCUUCGUUGUUUAGACUGACAGAGAUCAGUUCUGGGAGUAUAUUAAUCGACAACGUGAAUAUUCAAACGUUACAACUGAACACAUUAAGAUCCCGUUUAGCAAUUAUACCUCAGAAUCCGUUUCUUUUCUCGGGUACUAAUCGAGAGAAUGUGGAUCCGUUGGAUCAGUAUACCUAUAUGCACAUAUAUACAAAACCUUCGAGAAAUGUAAAGUGCAUUCUUUAGUUCAUCGAAUGGAUGGUUUGGAUGCAGUCUUGGAUGAAGGUGGUAGUAAUCUCAGCACUGGGCAGAGACAAUUGUUCUGCUUAGUCAGAGCAGUGCUACACAAUGCGAAGGUACUUCUUAUCUGUAAUAUUCAAGAAAGCAAUUGUUCCUGUAUUAAUGACUUGAUAUUUAUUUAUCUCUGUGAAAUUACUCUUUUUUCUUACUUUCUCAUUUGCUUUGCUUUUGAAUAAAAAAUUCUUAAGUACCUCAAAUUGAAAAAUUAUCUUCGUAAAUCCAAUGUUUAAUUAUGGGUUCUAUGUAAUCCCUCAUGGAUUCUAACAAUUAUUAUUAAGAAACUAGAACUAAGAGUGUAAACAUUUUCUGCAAUUCUUCUGAAGAUAAAUAUUUCAAAAUUAAUUUAAAUAAUUUUUUUUAAUUUGCAUUUUUUUACAUAAUGGGAAAUGUCGUUAAGUUAUAAUC